ACACAGCCCACGAGGCAAGUCAGGUGUACUACUACGACAGGAGGCACAUUUUGAUCAUCCCCUGAUUACAGAUAGGGGGGCAAUAUGCACUCCAAGCGUGCAGGGUGUUGUGUUGACUGGGACGAAUCACAAACUCAUUGCUGCGUCGUCGACUAUGCUCUCCUCUCAAAGCCCAGACCCAAAUAAUGCUCCUGAUUGCUUAUUCCGGACAGCUCAUGCCUAGUGUCCCCGUCGCCACGUAUAGCCAGACAUCAGCCAGCGAUUUCCUCGAAGCAACCUGACCGCCAUGGCAAGACAGGAAAACUCAGCGCUGAGUGCUCUGGCUCAAGGUGCCCCGUGGACGAAGCAGCAUCCGCUUCCAUCGCCAUUUACCUGGUCAACCAUUCCAGAUGACCGCCUGCGGAUCAUGAAAAUUCUCGCAAUCAUUGCAAGCUGCUCAACAGCCAUCUCGGUCCUCUUGAUCAUACAGUUAGUUUCACAGCAUCAUCAGGGUCGAUCCAACAUCCCAUGGUCUCGAAUGAUGAAACCAUCAACCCCCAAGGCGCAAGUGAUUUGGCUUUUCAUGCAUUUCUUUGCAGCACAAAUGAUCCAGUGUGUGGGAUGGCUCUUCUCAAUUGUCUAUGUCGCAAAAGGAUCUGUUCAAACCCCAUCAGCAAUAUGCUCAGCUCAAGCGUUACUACAAACUAUGGGAACAUACAUGUCUCAGUCCUCUGCGUCCGCUAUCGCGGUUCACUCAGCAUUGGUGAUUGUCCGACUGCGCGUUGUUUCUCUUGUGACAUUUUGGUGUCUUCUUGCGAGUGUGUGGACCUUCACACUCGUGCUUGGUCUGAUUGUUCCCAUCAUCAUGGAUUAUUUCUACCCUGUUCCCUAUCUGGCUUUCUGGGAUAUUUCAUGUUUUAUCAACAAAUUGUACUUCGUACAGAUUACUUGGCUCUUCAACCUGCCUUUCUUGUUGCACCUCUCGAUCACUCUGAUCUGCUAUCCGAUCAUCAGUGUCCGUCUAACAAGACAGCUGCGUUUUCUCCGGGCUUUUGCUGAGCGAUCUCCUGCUGGACUAGAUCAGACUAGAGAUGAUGAUGCCAUUCGAACGUCACGCAAGUUGCUCAUAUUCCCCUUGGCUUUUGUGCUCGGCAACCUGCCUCUCAUCUUCAUCAUCGUCUUCACUCUGGCUGCACCACCUUGGAUCUACAACGAGUUUUGGCCUAUGGCUAUUGCAGCUUGCUUUAUUGCACUGUUACCACUUGUCAACACACUGAUCUACUUCUUCGCGACUCCGCUGUUUAAGAGCUCGCCAAUUGGGCAAAGUGCGACGACCGGAAGCUGUAGUCGACCCGACGACGCCUUGGCACUCAACCUGGAUCCGAACGUGGAGCUUCAUGAUUCAUUGCCACCGAAGACUGAGCAAGUGGUGUUUCGAUCGACCCAAUCAGACUCCUGUCGCAACAAUGUUCUGAGUAAAUCGGUGGGAAUUGGACAAUAUGAUGAUGGCUAUGCCGGAAUGAGUCCAUCCAUGUCUGUGCCUUCCCCUGUUUGGCCUAUCCGCUAGCCUUGCGUUGGCUUUGAUCAGACUUGCGUAUGCUCACUUUCUCACCUUUUGUC